AUGUCUCUCAAGUCUCUUGUCAUCAGCUUCACAAGCAGAAGUGGGGUCAUCACGCAAAACCAUGACUUCUAUUCCUUUGUUGGAAAGGUUGGACUUUUCGGGAUCGCACUACCCCUGCCUGGCAUCGAGCAUGGCAAAAGAAUCCUCGCCUCUGUGGUUGAGACACGGGCACGAGAUGGACCAGGAAGUACGUGGGUGUCUGUGCCUAUUGACAAUGAGGACUUGUCGCGCGGAUUCAAGGACAUCAGCUUCCAGCAGCUGAACAAUGCAGCGAACCAUGCCGCUCGGUGGUUGAGUGAACAUCUGCCAGGAUCAUCAGAACCGUUUCAAUGUUUCGCUUAUGCGGGACCUGAGGACUUCGGUAUCCUAUUCUCGCUGUUGCGGCUGCUAAGAUCCAGAAAGUGGUAUAUGGUUCUUCCGUCUCCUUUGGUAACCGCUGAGGCCCAGCUACGGAUUCUCGAGAAGAAGAAAUGUACUGUGUAUCUGCGACCGUCAUCAAUGGCAAGCCAAGUCGAUGCAAUUUUGUGUGAGGCACCACAUGUUCAGGCUGUCGAGGUUCCAGAGUUAGACGAGUUUAUGCAGGAAGAUGAAGCUGUACCUUAUAUUUACAGUAAAACUUGGGACGAAGGAAAGGACGACCAUGGCUUGUAUUUCACACAUCCGGCACGACAGGUCCGUUAUCCGAAGCCCGUUACCUAUAAUCAUAGCAUGAUGGCUGGCCCCGAUAUUGCCGCGUCACUGCCGGAUGUCGAAUUGGGUUAUAUUCACCAUUCGUGGGGGGCCGUAAUGGCACUCGCCAUGCCGAUCUUCCUGCACACCAUCACAGUCGUGGGUCCCCCGGUACCGCCAUCAGCAGAAGUAGUUAUGAAAACCAUCCGAUACAGCCACGUCGAAGGCGCCCUACUACCACCGGCACUAAUCGACGAGCUCUGUCAAUCUCCAUCUGGUCUAGAUGCUCUCCGCCAACUAAAAUAUGUCCAUUACGCAGGCGCCCCCCUCUCGAAAAAGACAGGGGGCCAGCUAGCCUCCCACGUCCGUAUAGUACCCUGUAUCAGUAGCACAGAAGCUGGUGGUUACUUCACCCAGAUUCACAAUCACCGCGACGCAUGGGAUUACAUCUCCUUCCAAGACUACGCGGGAGCGGUAUUCGAAAACCGCCUGAAUAACCUCUCCGAACUAGUCUUCACUCGUCGCCCUGGGGACUCGCCACAACAGAUCUUCAAGUUAUAUCCAGACCUCGAUCGCUUUGAAACCAAGGAUCUCUGGACAGAACAUCUGGUUCACAAGGGUCUCUGGAAGAUCAUCGGCCGCACUGAUGAUUACGUCUAUCUCUCUCAUGCGGACGGACUGCACGCCUCGCUGUUAGAACCGGAAAUCGAGGCACAUCCACGUGUCAGAUCUGCUUUGAUCGGUGGCCAUGGCCCUCCUGCUCCUGUACUUAUUGUUGAGCUGUUCUCAACAGAGGAGGGGGAAAGCCGGGAGGAGUUGGUCUCUAGUCUACGGCCAUAUAUUGAGAAGGUUAACGCCCGGGUUCAUGACUGUGUGAGACUUUCUACGGAGCGGGUCAAUUGUUGCAGCGGAGGAGAAGCCAUUUAUUAG